UUAUCAUCCCAACUUGAUUAUUCACUCAUGGAGAAUGAGAAGGAGAGAGAGAGUAUUGAGAAAAUUAACCAUUUUAGCCAUCCACAUCCAUUAGUGUUCAAUGGUGAAGAGCAUAAUGAUAAAAGAAGAGAAGCUUGCUGCUCCGCAUGUUUGGAAUCCUUAUUAGGCCCAAGAUUUAGCUGUGGAGAAUGCAAGUUUCAGCUCCAUCAAAAAUGUGCCGAGGCACCCCCAGAAAUUAGUCAUUCCCAUUUCCAUCGUGAGCACCCUAUUCUUACUCUUAAGCCAAAUCCACCAUCGCAUUUGUCCUAUUUUUGCAAUUUGUGCAAAGAAAACCAUAAGAUGUUUGUUUAUGCUUGUACUUCUUGCAAUGCUUCCUUUGACAUUAAAUGUGCUUUACUAUCACAUAACAUGGAUGAAAAUUUUCGUGAGCUCAAACACCUUACCAAGGAUGAACUCAAACGAGCCCAUUGUCACCGGUGUCAAAAACCCCUAGUAAGCUCCGUAUAUGUUCGUCUUGCUUGUCGAUUUUACCUUCAUAAGAAAUGUGCUCAGUUACCUACUCAACUUUUUCACCCUUGCCAUCGCAAGCACCUUCUUUAUCUUGCAAGUGGUUACCUUUUAUGUAAGGUAUGCCAUAUGGAACAUUGGAAUUUGUUUUAUCUUUGCCUUCCUUGCAAGUUUGCUAUUGAUAUUGAAUGUCUUCUGUCAAUGCCAAGGUGCGAUAUUGAAUGUAAUGAGCACUCAUUCACUCAAUUAUUAAGGGAUGAACCAUUCAUUUGUGAUGCAUGUGGCACUGAGGAAAAUUAUGUUUCCUAUAUAUGUUCUACAUGCCACAUUAUGAUCCAUAAAAAUUGCAUUUCAUUGCCACGCAUCAUCAAAACUACACGGCAUCACCAUUGUAUCAUUCACAACUAUUUCUUUCAAAAACGAGAGCUUGAAAAGCUUGAUUGUGGAAUUUGUCUCCGUGAAGUGCAAAUGAAGUAUGGCCAUUACGAUUGUUUGAAGCAAGAUUGCAAUUUUGUUGCACACGUGAAAUGUGCAAUGGAAAAAUAUGUUGUAAUUGAUGAGGUAAAUGAGCAGGAUGAGGAGUCUAGUGAAAAUGUAGUAACGAAUUCUUCCAUCACUCAUAUCAUUGAAAUGAAUCAGCGUGAAGAAGCCACGAAGAUAAAACAUUUCCUUCAUGAACAUGAUUUAACACUUGGCACCAAGAUCAAGGAAGAUGAUGAUAAACUUUGUGAUGCAUGCAUGCUAUCUAUCUCAACUUCUUUUUACUAUUGUUCACAAUGUGAGUUCCUUCUCCACAAAACUUGUGCUGAAUUACCCAGGAGAAAAAAUCAUUGGUUUCAUCUAUCUUUGGCCACACUCCAUUCAACGAACUUUUUCAACUCUAAUUUGUGUCAUCACCUCUGCAGUGGCUUUGCUUACAAGAGUGGUAGCGGCUUUAAUUAUUGUCUACGGUGUGCUAGAAUUCCUCAUAUCCUCACAUGUCAAAAGCACAAGCACUCUCUCUCUUUUGAUUUUAAUUUCAAAGGGCGAUGGAGUGCUUGUGGUGUCGCCAUUCAUCAAAAUGGUGCAUACAAAUGUAAAGAUUGCUUUUUUGCUUUGGAUUUUACAUGCAUGACACUACCACAAGCAACUCGGCACAAGUGUGAUAAACACCUUUUAGAACUUACUUUUCAUGAUGAAAAUGAAGAUUCAGAACAAUAUUGCUGUGAUAUAAGUGAAGGAAAAAGAGAUCCAAACCAUUGGUUCUAUCGUUGUGCAAUUUGUGAUAACUUUGCUCAUCUAAAAUGUGUUCUUGGAGAAUAUCCAUUUACCAAGAUCAAAAUUGGGACCAUUGUCCCGGUUGUAUAUUCCAGACACCAUCAUUCUCUCAUUUGUGUUAAAAAGAAUUAUGACACCUGCUCUCGCUGUGGUCAGCCCUGUCAAGAUGUAGCUCUUGAAUGUAAAUAUUGUGCAACCAACUAUACCAUCCACUUCCAUUGUCGGUGACUGUUGAGAUUGUUAGCUUUCUUAUAAAGUGGUGGUGUAGUUGAAAGGAGAACUUAUUGUUUUUGAUUGUAAGGGUUUUUA